AGUCUUAAAUCAACCUCACUAGCAAAGAUGAACACCAAGCUCUUUUUCUUCUUGUGCUUCCUCUCCGCACUGCUUCUAAUCUCUGCUGUGGCAGCAACUGAGCCAUCGAAAGAUGAAGCAGAAGUUGUGGCAGCAGAGGAAUCAAAUGAGGACAUUGGAUUAGAUGGCUGGGGACGCGGAGGGGGAGGAUACGAUUAUGGACGUGGUGGAGGCCGCUAUGGGCACCGCGGCGGAGGAUAUGGUUAUGGACGUGGUGGUGGCUAUGGGCAUGGUGGCGGAAGCUGGGGACGUGGCGGCGGCUGGGGACGGGGCGGCGGAGGCAGGGGACGUGGUGGUGGCUGGUAAUUAAUCAAAACCAUGUAGAACCAACUAGUAUAUAUGGAAUAAAGUGCGUGGAUUCUAUAUUCCAUGCAAUGUUUGUAAUAGGUUGAGAAACACGCAUGACAUGUAUCUUUGUACUGUACCUAUUAUCAGUUACCUGAAUAAAA